AUGUCUGGGCGACAAUCUCACGGACGUCCUCUUCUUGGUGGACCAAGCGCCAACGCAAAGCGGAAACAGCAGACAUCCAAAGCGAAAUCCAACAAGAAGGCGCUCAAUGCCUUCGCCAUCGCGUCCGAGGAAUACCAAGAAAAGCCGAAGCGUACCCCUCGUCAACGAGAACUAGAGACAGAUCUUAGCGGCGGAAAGCGUCCCAGAGCAGGAGAUGUUGAUGAUGACGAAGACGACGAGGAUGGUGGGAAUGAGGGGCCGCCUAGGAAGAUGCGCCGCGGCGCCAAAGAUGACUCCGAUGUAGAAUACGGAAGCGAUAGCAGUGGCAACGAGUGGAAAGUUGGAGUUGAUGACGAUGAUGACUCUGAAAUCGAAAGUGACGAUGCCUUCGGGGAUAGCGACGAAGAGAGAUUCGAGGGGUAUACGUUCGGUGGAAGUAGGAAAAAAGCGACCAAGGGCGGAGAGGAUUCAGAAGAUGAAGCCGACGGGGCUUCACUAGGAUCAGAUGCGAUAGAUCUCGCAGCUGCCUUAGAUUUGUCCAUGUCCGAAGACGAGCCCGAUGCCGCAGGAGAUAAAGACUCAGAAGACAGCGACUCCGAAUCAGACGAUGGCGCGUCCAGCAGUGAGUCCUCAGAUGAUGACAUGGAGGACGGAGAAGACGUUUCCGGAAUGAAAGACUGGGUGAAGAAGUUCGCAGGAGUCGAUGACGAAGACGAGGAAGUACAAUUGGCCACCGCACCGAAAGCUAAGAUCGGACUCAAAGAUUUAGGUCUUCUAGGCAUCAAAGAUCCCCAACUCAAGAAGUCGCUCAAGCUCAUGAGUAAGGAGGAGAAAUCGAGCAAACCACAGAAACUUGAUGUGCCCCUUGCGAGGAGGCAGCAAGCUCGCCUAGAUCGCAGUGCUGCCUACGACAGUACCAACAAAACACUAGACAGGUGGACUGAGACGGUGAAGCAGAAUCGAAGAGCGGACCAUCUCGUAUUCCCACUGGCCCAGACAGAAACAGGCCUUGCAAGACAUGACAACACUGAAAUCCAGCCCUUAAAUCGGCAGGCAGCAGGGUCCGAACUGGAACGAACUAUUAUGUCUAUCAUGGAGGAGAGCGGCUUAGGUCCAAGUGCUGAGAAAGCAGCCGAAAACCCGCUCGAUGAUGGUGAAGAGCAAGCACUUUCCAGAAAGCUGUUGCAGCAACAGAAGCGACGCGAGAGAGAGCUUAAGUCUCGUGAAGAUGCUAGGGCAAAGCGGAUCAAGAAGAUUAAGAGCAAAGCCUAUCACCGCGUUCACCGGAAACAAAGGGAGCGAGAUGAACUAAAGGAGCAUGAGGCGAGGGCGGCAGCUGGUGAAAUCGACUCGGAUGAAGAGCGCGAAACUCAAGAUCGACAGCGAGCCAUGGAAAGGAUGGGCGCGCGGCACAGGGAGAGCAAAUGGGCCAAGAUGUCUAACAAGGGAGGUCGUGCUGCUUGGGACGAUGACGUUCGUGUGGGCAUUGCCGACAUGGCUCGUCGUGACGAAGAGCUUCGCCGCCGCAUCGAAGGUAGAGCCGCCAAUGAUGGCUCCGAUGACGAUGAUUCAGACUUCUCGGGCGAUUCAGAUGACGUAGAUGACAGAAAGCGUCUCCUCAAAAAGCUCCAGGGUGUUGAAAGACCUGAAGACGACACCUCUGGAUCGAAGCUUAUGAAUAUGGCUUUCAUGAAGAAAGCUGAAGCAGCCAAGAAGAAGGCCAACGAUGACAUGGUCGCUCAGAUACGGAAAGAACUUGGAUCUCAUGAUGAAAUAGUGAACAAUUCUGAAUCGGAAGCCGAGGAGAUUGGCAGAAGGAGCUUUGGCGUUUCUGCUAUUCAGAGGGAUGGGGCUUCCGCUGUUGAAAAGAAAGUCAGGGCCAACCGGAAAUCCCUGGCUUCACUUGACACCCCUUCAGAAAGCAAGACAGAGCAGCCGGAUUUUACGGAGCCAGCACCGAAUCCUUCAGCGGGGGCGUGGGCUGCACCGAGUGCUAGUACGGCGGGGCCACGUCGAAAGCAGAGGAAGGAGAAGACAGAUUCCAGCGCCGACGUACUAGAUCUGGACGCUGGAUUGGCCGUCAUAACACAAGCAAAAUCUUCUGAGCCGAAGCCCAAGUCUAAAUCCAAGUCUGGUACUCAAAAAGCCGUGGCGCUCGCCGACGAUAUAUCAGACGACGAAGACAGCCACAUGCCCAUCCAGUUCCAUGACCAGAAACUGCUCGAAAAGGCGUUCGGCGGACUGGACGCAAUCGCCGAGUUCGAGCAGGAGAAGCGCCAGAUCGAGGAGGAAGACGACGAGAAAGUCAUCGACAAUACCCUCCCGGGCUGGGGCAGCUGGGUCGGUGAGGGCGUCAGCGCUCGCGAGAAGAAGCGAAACCAGGGCAAGUUCCUAACCACAAAGGAGGGUACCAAGCCCAAGGACCGCAAAGAUGCCAGAUUGCAACACGUCAUUAUCAACGAGAAGCGUAUCAAAAAGAACUCCAAAUAUCUCGCCUCGCAACUACCAUAUAUCUAUGAGAAUACCGUGCAAUAUGAACGCGCUCUAAGGUUGCCUGUCGGCCCGGAGUGGGUUACGAAGGAUACAUUCCAGAACGCUACGAAGCCUAGGGUCAUCAUGAAGCAGGGAAUCAUCAAGCCUAUGGAGAAGCCAAUGCAUUGA